CUCCAGGGCCCAGGCUGCCAAAAAGCAAAUAAAAUCGUCGUUUGUCUAGAAAUCGACCACCGACACCUCUCGCUUUCAUUUUGUCCCACCGAUUUCUGGGCGAUCGAUCAUGAUCUUUUUGCUCCGUACCAGGAGGAACGGAGGCCAGGAACAUGGAACAAAUUCCGCCAGUCUUCGUCCGACCUGGCAGAGCUAGGGCCAUUCCCAUCAUCGACCCGAGGUCAGGCCAGCCUCUGCCCAGCACCGCGUCCAGCUCAAGAUACUCAUCCGUCAGUUCACGUGAUGCGCCCUCGAACUUUGAUGCCAGUUCUGGGGGCCAUCAACCAGACAAGGUCGGCGUCACCCGGAAGAAAGGCAAAAGGACACGAGAAGGACCGGCUGCGGGAACGGGGGUUGACGUACAGGGGCCGUUGCAACCCAAGAGAAUGGACGAUGAACUCGACCGAGGCUUCGAUGUCUACGCCACGCCGUUUGUGCCGGAGAAGCUGAAAAAGAUCAACUGGUCGGAUGGCACAAUAUUCGACACGGAGCCCGUCAAGAAGAUCGACUUUGGCGCCUAUGUUAUCCAAUCGCUUGUCCCGAAUCUUUUGCCGCCUGUCCUCGAGCCUUUAGACGCCAACAAGCUGGUAGCCGAUGACCAGGGCCCGCGCCUUACUCCGAAGGAAUACGAACAGUUCUUCCGGCUCCACCUAGAAGAGGAGAUCCGUUUCCAGCAGGACGAAAACGCGUCAUGCUCUCUGUACGGGCAUCAUGGCAUGGUCGACUUCUUACCUGACGGUGUGGCACGCUGCACCAUCACCGUCCCCGGUCUGCGGGAGAACAGCCCGUACGUGGAAGACGACGAUAUCAUACAACUCCGACAACUUCGCUCUCACAAUGCGAUGAGGCUAGCCGAGAAGGCUGGGAUGAACCCCUGGUCGGAGGGGUCGCACUUGCGGCAUGCAGCGGCGGCACACCACUCCGAGCCUUGGACCGGGCUUGUGUUCCUCGCGCGUGUUUCGGCCGUUUUGCGAGCCAAGGAAACACUUGUUCUUCGCGUCUUUGGACUCACGACUCAGAGUUCCGAGAUCUUGCUUGGACAUCCGUACCAUAUGUCGAUACCCACACAGAAACACCUCAAGUUCAACGUGCAGUUCCCAGUCCCCAGAGAGAGAUACUUCCCGAUGGAGCACGUCCUCCCGCAGAUCCAGGGCGCCUUGACGGCUGCCAGCAACAUAACCUAUCAGGACCAAGGUUUGGGUGAAGAGGGUAACAUCGUGGGCGCACAAAGGAAUCAGUUCUGGAUCCAGUCUAUGCUCUUCCCGACUGAGGCCGAUUGUGAUGUGCAGGCCAACCUUCACUCUGGGAAUUUCGGCCAGCAGUUAUUCGACACUGCCAUCAACUGGGAGCAGAGGAAGGCCGUCGAGAACAUCUGCUCCCAGAACUACGGUGUUCUUCCCUAUCUCAUAUCCGGCCCUCCCGGCACGGGCAAGACGAAGACCCUGAUCGAGACUGCCCUACAGCUGAUCAGAAACGUCAACAAGGUGUGGCACAUCCUCAUAUGCGCACCCUCCGAUCCCGCCUCGGACACGCUCGCCGCACGCCUGAAGGAACACAUGGAUCCGAACGAGCUGCUGAGGCUCAACAGACCGUCCCGCGCGUUUACCGAGGUACCGGACGGGCUCCUCCCUUACUGCCACAUCGCCCAGGACACGUUCGCGCUGCCACCCUUUGCACAGCUGAUGAGCUACAAGAUCGUCGUGACCAGCUGCCGCGACGCGUCGAUGCUGAUGUACGCCCGGAUGACAAACUCGGACCUGUACGCCACCGAGUACGGCCUCCGCGACCGGAUCCACCCCCUCGACCCGUCACCGCCCGAGGUCAGACUCCACUGGGACGCGCUGCUCAUCGACGAAGCAGCCCAAGCCACAGAACCCGAGGCCCUAGUCCCUCUCUACGUAGUCUCCCCACCCCCCGAAUCCCCCCCGCUAUCCUUCACCCCGCUCUUCGUCAUGGCCGGCGACGAGUACCAGCUCGGCCCCCGCACAGCCGCCCCCGCCACAUCCCUCAAGCGCUCCCUCCUCGCGCGCCUCUUCGCCCGCCCCGUCUACGCCGACCACCCGCUAGCGCGCGGCCGCACCGGCGGGCGUCGCCGCCGCGACGCGCCGCCGCCGCCGCUGACGCGCGACAUGCUGCCGAUGCUGCGCCCGGCCUUCACGAACCUGAUCCGCAACUACCGCUCGCACCCGGCCAUCCUCGCCGCGCCAUCUAGCCUCUUCUACGCCGACACGCUGGAGCCCGAGGCUGGCGGCACGGAUCGCCUGGCCGGGUGGGAGGGGUGGAGGGGUCGGGGGUGGCCGGUGUUGUUCUGCGACAACGCGUCGCCCGACGACCUCGAGGCCGACGCGGGGGGAUGGUACAACGCCGGCGAGGCGGCGGUGGCGUGCGGGUACGCGGCGCGGCUGGUGGCGUCGGGGCUGGUUGCGCAGGAGGAGAUCUGCAUCAUGAGCCCGUUCAAGGCGCAGGUGGCGCGCCUGCGCAAGGCGAUCCGCGCGGAGCCGUUUGGGCUCUGGGGCGUCAACGUCGGGCCCACCGAGGCGUUCCAGGGCCUCGAGCAUGGGGUUGUUAUUCUUUGCGCCACGAGGUCGAGGAGGCGGUUUGUCGAGAGGGAUCGGGCGCUUGGGUGGGGCAUCGUGGGGAUGCCGAAUAAGAUGAACGUGGCGCUGACGAGGGCAAAGUUUGGGCUUAUUGUUAUUGGGAAGAGGGACCUCCUGGCUGAGGAUCCGAACUGGAAGGCUGUGUUGGAUUUCUGCGACCGGAACGGCCUGGUUGAGGAAGGCGGCGCUGAUGGGGCCCGCCUGGAUGAGGGUGCUUCGACAGAGUCGGCGAAGCUGACGAGGAUUGAAAAGACACUGCUGGCACAAGAGUCGGGAUCGGACCGUUCCCGGGUUCUGGGAGGGCGUUCUGGAGAGCGGGACGCCUGGUAA